UAGUGUCAUGGUACUAUACAUUCUUGCAAGUCUUGGAGUCUUUGAAAGCAACCUUGGCUCCAUGUGAAAUGCAUUGGGGCUGCCUCGUGUUGAAUAUUCAUUUAUCUGCAACAUACUUAAAGGGAAGCGUCCGCUGGUAAGAGCCACAACAUUCGUUGCGAUGGCCAACCUCCCACCAGGUAUCGUUUACCUCGCUCAGCGUCUACCUUACUUUUGCUUUCCUCUCGGGGUGGUAUAUGCCCUUUUGACCGUCUUUGAAGUCGCGUUGCCGAGAUGGGCCCGCUUCAUCUGUUAUGCGCUGAGCUUCCCGCUGAGCCUUAUGAUUCAGGUCCAGUGCACGGAUUUUAUUAACAACCGUGCCGCGAAGAAACAUGGGGCCGUUAUACCUCCAAGGACUGGUGACCCAAGCCUAGGCGGUGUAUUAUCGCUGUUGGCUACAAUCAAAGCAUUCAAAUCAGGAUAUCCUGGAGAUGGGCUGAGCGAUAUUUUCAGUCGUGUUGGGAACACUAUUAACAUGAGAAUUCUCUUCAAGGAUCGGAUCUUCACGACAGAGCCAGAGUAUAUAAAGGCGGUCCUCGCUACGCAGUUUGAUGAAUUCGAGAAAGGAGCUACACUUUGCGAUAACUUUCAUUCAUUGUUAGGAACUGGCGUUUUCGCCUCCGACGGUGAUAUGUGGAAGUUCCAUCGAUCUAUGACGCGACCGUUCUUCAGCAGGGACAGAAUCAGUCAUUUUGAUAUCUUCGACAGACACGCUGAUGAUGCGCUCAAACUUAUGAAGGCACGCUUCAGGCAAGGGCAUCCCGUUGAUUUCCAGGAUCUCGUGGGCCGAUUCACGCUUGAUUCGGCUACGGAAUUUUUGUUCGGCAAGGAUGUGCGGUCUCUUUCUGCGUCCUUGCCGUAUCCUUUCUUUGCGCCGUUAUCUCAGUCUGACUCAGAGUCCGCGAGUAAUGAGUUCGCGCGUGCAUUUGGAGAGGCGCAGCUAGAGACUGCGCUUCGUACGCGAUUCGCGGGUUAUUGGCCGCUUUUCGAGUUUUGGACCGAUAGGACAAAAGCGAAGAUGAUCACUGUGAGAAAGUUUUUGGAUCCUAUACUCGCGAAGGCGGCAGAAAGUGCAGGUAAAAGGCCGAUUGGUAAGGGAAAAACGAGGGAAGUGCAAGAGGGUGAAACUUUAUUGGAUCAUCUGGUUUGUUACACAGACGACCAGAAUGUUCUAAGGGAUGAGAUAAUGAAUCUUGGUGUAGCCGGCCGGGAUACUACUGCCGCCACUUUGACGUUUGUUGUGUACAUGCUUUCCCAGCAUCCUGAUGUCCUUCGUCGUCUUCGCAACGAGAUCCUUGAAAGGGUAGGCAUGACGAACCGACCUACCUACAACGAUUUUCGGGACAUGAAGUACCUCCGUGCUGUGAUCAAUGAAACGCUGCGGUUGUACCCACCGGUACCGUUAAAUGCUAGGGCUUGCAAAAAUGGUGCCGUUUGGCGCUCUAAGACUCCCGGCGGCCAGGACUAUUACAUCCCUCCAAAAGCGAGAAUUGUGUACAGCGUCUUUUUAAUGCACCGUCGCGAGGACCUUUGGGGUCCUGACGCACAAUUGUUUGAUCCGGACCGAUUCCUCGACGAUAGAAUGCAAAGAUACCUAACUGGAAAUCCGUUUAUUUUUCUGCCAUUCAAUGCAGGCCCCCGCAUAUGUCUAGGCCAACAAUUUGCCUACCAUGAAGUAUCAUUCUUCCUCGUGCGACUACUCCAGAGUUUCUCCGAGAUCAGGUUGAACACCGAAGCGCAGCCUGCAGAAUGCCGGCCGCCGCAAAGUUGGAAGGAAGAGAGCAGUAUCAAGGCGAGAGAGAAGGUCAUGCUCAAGACCCACCUGACGCUCUACAGUUAUGGAGGUUUAUGGAUCGAUAUGAAGGAGGCCAGCGCUGUUGAGGAGGUUUAAACGAACCUGAGUCUUUUAUGUAUUGAGCGGGUACUCACAAUUUUGAAAUCCUUCCUGGACCCCCAGUAAUGGUGCUUCGGAGCGGGCCGACAUCCUGAGAGUCUACUGCGCCGCAAUGGCACUGGUGACUACAGCAUAAUCCACUCGUCCGAGAUGCAUCGCAAAUGAAGCUUUGAAGCUUAAAGUCAAAAAUAUCUCCGCAGCUAGGGCCUCUGUGAAAAGCUUUGGCGCAGUGGGCUCAACUGAAGAUUAUCGGACACUUCCAUCGAAUUACUUCAGUGUCGUAUUCAUCAGCGGAACUUUACCUUGUUCUGAGGGAUAUUU